AAUCUGGGAACUGAAAUGAUCAUUCUAGCAUCAGACACAUCACAUCGUUUCACUCUGCCCCAGCUGACCAAAGCAAUGGGAGGAUUCUGGUCUAGUUCUGAUCCAGCUCCACCUCCACGUCCAUGUCCACUUCCAGCUCCACCUCCAUUUCUUGAUCAGCCAUGGAGAAACUGGGGAGAAAAACAAAGCGCUCUGCAGUCUGUGAACAACUACACACCCCAGCCUGAAAACCGGCAGCUCAGGAUUUUACUUCAUGGUCUGGUUGGAGCUGGAAAGUCCAGUUUCAUCAACUCAGUCCGCAGCGUGUUAGAAGGCAGAAUGUGCAGACAGGCUAGGGUGGAUAACAUCGCUUCUACCGUCAGUUGCACCAAAAGCUACACAACCUACAGGAUCCAAAAAGGAAGCAGGAACACCUUUUACCCGUUUGUCCUCAAUGACAUGGCAGGCCUGGGACACACCAGCUUCAAAAACAGAAUAAAUCACAUGAAAGACGUCAAACGGGUGAUGAAGGGAUAUGUGAGAGACGGUUACACGUUUAAUCUUAAAUGUAAGAUAUCAAAGGAGGAUCGAUUCUACAACACAGAUCCAACUGCCAACGACAAAGUGCACAUUCUGGUUUGUGUCAUUGAUGCCAGCACAGUGUCUCUGAUGAAAAGAGAAGAUGUAGAAGCAAUACAGCACAUCAGGGAGGAGGCCAGUGAUCUGGGAAUUCCUCAAGUGGCCGUCCUCACCAAAAUUGAUGCAGCUUGUCCUGAAAUCAAACAAGAUGUAAAGAACGUCUACAGGAGCAGGAAACUGAAGUUAUUGAUGGAGCAGUUCAGUGCAGACGUGGGUUUUCCCAUGAACUGCAUCUUCCCUGUGAAGAACUACCAUGAAGAAACCGACUUCGACAACGACACUGACUCACUGAUCCUGAACACACUGAAGCUCAUCCUCGACUUCGGAGAAGAGAUGCAACAACAAUAAGACGAUGCGUAAUGUUCAGAGAGCCAUUCUGACAUCUAUACAUUAUCUAUAUUUACCUAUCCUGUGUAGGUGGCGGAGGGAGGGGUGACAUUCAGUUCAUCUUUGUAUUUCUGUUUGCAGCUUUGUAAAAACAUAUGCCUACAUAUUAA